AAAGCCCUAACCGUAUAUUCUGUAACCUUCUAUCGUUUUAGCGGCUGCGCCGCUUCGAUCAAAUUCGACGCCGUAAUUCUGAAAUCUGCAGCGUUCUCGUAUCUCCGAGCGGCACUAGCACUCAAUUUUGUGCAUCGGUUCUUUCUUGAUUGCUCCCUAUCGUGAAAUCUCUACAACUCAACUGUUGCAGAUGUUGGUGCUGUUCGAGACGCCGGCGGGCUUUGCCCUCUUCAAAGUAUUGGAUGAAGGGAAAUUGUCCAGAGUAGAGGAUUUGUGGAAGGAUUUUGCGAACUCUGAAUCAGCUAGAAAGGUUGUUCAGCUGAAAGCUUUCUCCAAGUUUGAGAACACAACAGAAGCACUGUCUGCAGCAACCCUUCUGAUAGAUAGCAAGCCAACCAAAAUGCUUCGCAAGUUUUUGCGCUCUCAUUGUGACGGCGAGACCCUUGGAGUUAGCGAUUCCAAACUAGGAAAUGCUAUUAAAGAGAAACUGAAAAUUGAAUGUGUCCACGACAAUUCUGUGAUGGAGCUGAUGAGAGGAUUAAGAAAUCAGUUAACAGAGCUCAUAUCUGGACUUGGCGUGCAGGAUCUUGCUCCAAUGAGCUUGGGCUUGUCUCACAGCCUUUCUAGAUACAAACUGAAGUUCAGCCCUGAUAAGGUUGAUACAAUGAUUAUUCAGGCAAUAGGUUUGUUGGAUGAUCUUGACAAAGAGCUAAAUACUUAUGCCAUGAGAGUACGUGAAUGGUAUGGUUGGCAUUUCCCUGAGCUUGCUAGGAUUGUGCAAGAUAAUAUCCAAUAUGCUAAAGCAGUCAAGCUGAUGGGAAACCGUGCUAAUGCUGUAAACCUUGAUUUUUCUGAGGUUUUACAAGAAGAAGUUGAGGCGGAGUUAAAAGAGGCAGCUGUCAUAUCCAUGGGCACUGAAGUUAGUGAUAUUGACCUGGAAAAUAUAAGUGAACUAUGUGAUCAAGUUUUGUCUCUUUCAGAAUAUAGGAGCAAGUUGUAUGACUACCUUAGAAGCAGAAUGAAUACCAUCGCUCCAAAUUUGACUGCUCUUGUUGGGGAACUUGUUGGAGCCCGCCUCAUUGCUCAUGGUGGCAGCUUAUUAAAUUUAUCAAAGCAACCUGGGAGUACCAUCCAGAUUCUUGGUGCUGAGAAGGCCUUGUUCAGUGCUCUGAAAACAAAACAUGCAACACCCAAAUAUGGGCUCAUCUUCCAUGCAUCAUUAGUAGGUCAAGCAGCUCCAAAACUGAAGGGCAAAAUCUCUCGCUCUCUCGCUGCGAAGGCUGCACUUGCCAUCCGGUAUGAUGCCUUGGCCGAUAACCAAGAUAAUUCAAUGGGACUGGAGAACCGAGCAAAGCUUGAAACCCGGCUAAGGGUUCUUGAGGGAAGAGAACUGGGCCAUUCGGCUGGGUCCAUAAGAGGCAAGCCUAAGAUUGAGGUUUAUGAUAAAGACAGAAAGAAGGGUGCUGGAGCGUUGAUCACUCCUGCAAAGACUUAUAAUCCAUCAUCUGAUGUGGUUCUUUGGCGUGCUGAGGAAUCGAAACCAGAGAAGCCAAUAAAUGUGCAGGGAGAAAACCAUCCUAAGAAGAUAAAGCUUGAGGAGGUGGAGCCAGCAGGCCCAACACAGACUGAAGAGGUGGGAGUAGGUGUAGGGGACGGUAAUGAGGAAAGUGAUAAGAGAAAGAAGAAAAGGAAGAAGGCUGAGGCAAAUAAUACUGAUGUGCAAAAUGCGAAUUAUAGUGCUAGGGUAGUAAAGGAGGAGGAGGAGCAUCAGCAGCAGCAGCAGAAGAAGAAGAAGAAGAAGAAGAAGACAAUAGCUGACGACUAUGAGGUGCAAAAUGUGAAUGAUGAUGAUGCUAAGGUAGUGGAAGAGAAGCAGAAGGAAAAGAAGAAGAUGAUAGACGAGAAGUAUGAGGUGAAAAAGGAGGAUGAAGGUGCUGAAGUACAAGAAGAUCAGGAGAAAAAGAAGAGGAAGAAGAAGAAAUUAGAAGCUGAGGUGGUGACUAAGGAUCCGAAAGUUGAAGAUGGUGCUGAGGAAUUCAUUGUUAAAAAAAAAAAGGUAAAAAAGCACUCAGAAGGAGAUGUUGAAGCUAACCACGAAGCCAAUGAGCAAGGAGAAACUGGUAAGUCCAGCAAUAAAAAGGAUAAGAAGAAGAAAGAAAAACCGCUCCACUGAAUGUUACGGUGAAAAUUUUUGUGCAAUUUUGUUUUGUUCACGUUAGAGGAGUGUAGCGUAUUGCCGUCACAAUUAUGUUUAGUUUUAAUUGUUUGUAUUUAUGUAAAACAAAAAGCUAACCCCCUUGGGCUCUAUUUAUGGUUUGCUUAUGAAUUUGCUCUUA